AUGGAGGGAUUUCAGCUGGGCGAGGAGACGGGUGGGAGCCGGCUGCUGACCGGCAAGGACCGCACAAAUGGCGAGAGGCUGGGGGAGGUGACUGAUCCUGGCCGGCGGCCGGCAGCAGCCCAGGCAUCGGCAUGGCGGAGGAAAGCCGAGGACUCCAGCGAGAGCCGCGAGGAGGAGCCCAUGGUAAUCAGAGAGCCGGAGCGUGGUCAGAACGAUGGGCAGGACUUGGACGGCUGGUUUUCCAGAGACCAACGGUCCAACCGAGCCACCACACACCCCAAACUCAACCUGACCAAGCAGGCUUUGCCCUGGAACGAGCAGUACAAAGGGAAGGCAAACUUGCACGUCUUCGAAGACUGGUGUGGAGGGGCCGUGAGGCACCUGAGGAAGAACCUCCAUUUUCCGCUCUUUCCCCAUACCCGCACCACAGUGAAAAAGCUGGCUGUGUCACCCAAGUGGAAGAACUACGGGCUGAGGAUUUUUGGCUACAUCCACCCCUUCAAGGAUGGGGAUUUCCAGUUUUCUGUGGCAUCGGAUGACAAUUCGGAGUUCUGGCUCAGCUCUGAUGAGAGUCCGUCCAACUCCCGGCUGGCUGCAUUCGUGGGCAAGCUGGGCACUGAGUGGACGGCGCCGGGAGAGUUCACCAAAUUCAGCUCGCAAGUCUCCAAGCCUUUACGCCUCAUGUCCUCCAGACGCUACUACUUCGAGCUGCUCCACAAACAAGACGACCGAGGUUCAGACCACGUGGAAGUUGGCUGGCGAGUUUUCCUCCCCAGCUUGAAGUUCGAAGUGAUCGACUCCUCCUACAUCUCUCUGUACACAGAUGAAUCGUCCCUGAAGAUGAACCACGUGGAGCACAUCCCGCAGACCUUGGCCAGCCAUAGCGGGAGCUACCUCUGGGAGGCACAGCAAGAUGAGCACGGGGCUGACAUGCUGAAGUCUGACCCCAGGGACACCUUCUUCCUCACCCCUGCGAUUGAGGCCUCCCGAGUGGAGAAUGUGCUAGUGCCCUGUGCCUACAGCCCGACCUACGUGGUGAAGGACUUCCCCAUCGCCCGCUACCAGGGCCUGCAAUUUGUCUACCUCUCGUUCGUGUACCCCAAUGACUUCACGCGCCUCACUCACAUGGAGACGGAGAACAAGUGCUUCUACAGGGAGUCCCCCCUCUACCUGGAGAAGUUUGGUUUUUAUAAGUACAUGAAAAUGGAUGAAGAGGAGGAGGAUCCACGCCAGCGAGCGUUUCUCUUCCUCAACCCAGACAAUUUCCUGGAGGAGGAGGAGGAGGAAGGAGUGGAUAGCCCUGAGCCCACAGACCCACCUUCUGAAGCCAAGGAGAAGAGUUUUGGGCCGGGUCAGGCCCGGGACGAGGCGAGCAUGCCUGGGCAGCUGGGAAGAUGGAACACGUCCCGCCAGACCAGCGCCAGCCCGGCAGCUGUCCCCAAGGACCUCCGUGGCGAGGAGGAUGUGGGCCCUGUGCCGGAGCAGGUCCAUGGGCGGAUGCUCAGUUGGUUACCCCAGGAUCCCGGCGAAGGCGAGGAGGAUAAACCGGGGCUGCUGGCAUCUUCGAAGCGUGCUGGGGCUCUGAGCCUCCAACCCCACCUCUCUGUUCCCAUCUUUGGUGGGAAAGCCAAAACGCCGGGUCCCAGCAAGACUGCAGCAACCAGGGAGGACAAAAAGCCCCAGAAAGCCCAGGAGAAGGUCUACGUGACCAGGCUGCAGCUGGGGAAGCGCAAAGCCCCAGCCCAGGAGCCGGUCUUCCCUGGCAUCUUCCUUUACCCGAAAGCUCUGAAGAAAGUCCAUCUUCGCUCCAGGACCCCUCAGAAGCAUCCCGUCGCCUCCAGCAAGCUCCGUGCCGUCCCUGGCCGCCGGACCCCCUGGCUCCUGAGCAACAUCUCCAAGGAGACGGACCCUGCCAGCCGGAAGAGCACGCGGGUGGCAGCCAGGAGGUGGGAACGUCCAUCUAAGCUGGGGACCGAGCGGCGGAUGCUGCCCAGCCUCCUUGCCCUGGGGACCGAAGGACUCUUCAGUAGGGAGACCCAUGAGGACACGACCCCUGGCCCAGGCAGGACAGCGGCCACCACCGAUUACAACUCCUCUGAGGUGACCCGCUCGGAGGGGACACGGGUGACAUCCUUUCUGAAGAUGUCAGAAACAACGGCGUCCCAGCAGGAGGAGGGAAAGGGCCAGGAGGAAGAGGAGGAGGAGGAAGAAGAGGUGUCAGACUACAGCUAUGAGACCGGGGAGCUGCAGCAGAGCUGGCUGGAGGACUCCAUCAACUGGCAGAGGACGUUCAGCGUCAGCUCGGUGGACUUCGAGCUCCUGCGCUCCGACUGGAACGACCUGCGCUGCAAUGUGUCAGGCAACCUGCAGCUGAGCGAGAGUGAGGUCGUCGACGGGGUGGCUCAGUACAUGGAGAAGCUCAACGAGAAGAAUGGAGGCAUCUACACCCUCCUCAGGAUUGUUAAUGUGGAGAAGCGUCGGGACACGGCCCGGGGGAACCGCUACCUGCUGGAGCUGGAGCUGGCAGAACGGGGCCAGCGGACGGUGCGGCUCUCCGAGUACGUCUAUGUCCUCUUGCACCAGGGCAAGCAGGACGACAGCGCUGAGGCCAACCCCGAAGGGCCAGCCCUGGGGGCCACCGAGCCCCAGCCGAGCACCUGGAGCAUCCUCUACGGAAGACCCGUCCUGUGCCGGCCCCUGCGGCUCAGCUGGAAGCAGGACGUCAUGGUGCACUUCGUGGUACCUGUGAAGAACCAAGCCCGCUGGGUCCAGCAGUUCAUCUCGGACAUGGCCCGCCUGUACAGGGCUACGAAGGAUGCCAACUUCAACGUCAUCCUGGUGGACUUUGACAGCGAUGACAUGGAUGUCGAGAAAGCCCUACGGGAUGCCCGACUGCCCCGCUACCAGUACCUGCGGCGCACAGGGAACUUCGAGCGCUCGGCCGGGCUGCAGGCUGGCGUGGACACGGUCGAGGAUGGGCACAGCAUCGUGUUCCUCUGCGACCUGCACAUCCAUUUCCCCCCCAAUAUCCUGGACAGCAUCCGGAAGCACUGCGUGGAGGGGAAGCUGGCCUACGCGCCCAUUGUCAUGAGGCUGAGCUGCGGCAGCUCCCCGCGGGAGCCCAACUGCUACUGGGAGGUGAAUGGCUUCGGCCUCUUCGGCAUCUACAAGUCGGACUUCGACCGCGUGGGAGGGAUGAACACGGAGGAGUUCAGAGACCGCUGGGGUGGGGAGGACUGGGAACUCCUGGACAGGGUCCUUCAGAGCGGGCUGGAGGUGGAGCGCUUGCGUCUCAGGAACUUUUACCAUUACUACCACUCCAAGCGCGGCAUGUGGAACACCCGCAGCAAGAAGCUACCCAAGGACUAG